CCGUUUCCAUCAAUUGCAACUCUUUCUCUUCAAUUUUCCUAAAACUUCUACUACCCAAGAUACAAAAUGAGCGGUCCUAAGGCUGUCGCUGAGAAUAUGCUCUGGGGAGGUCGAUUCACCCAGGGCCUCGACCCCCUCAUGGUUCAAUACAACCAGUCCCUGCCCUAUGACCGCAUCUUUUGGAAACAAGACAUUGCCGGCUCAAUUGCUUUUGCUCGAGCCAACGUGAAGACUGGUAUCCUCACGGGGCAAGAGUUCUCCGAGAUUGAGCGUGGCUUCAAGCAGAUUGCCGAGGAAUGGAGCACCAACACAUUCGCCGUCAAGGAAAACGACGAAGAUAUCCACACCGCAAAUGAGCGUCGACUAUCAGAAAUCAUUGGCAAGGAGAUUGGAGGCAAGCUGCACACCGGUCGGUCCCGCAACGAACAAGUUGCGACUGAUAUGCGGCUCUGGUUGCGGGAUGAGCUGCGCAGGCUGGACAGCAUCCUGUGCGAUCUCAUCAAGGUUUCGAUCUCUCGCGCAGAGGCCGAGCUCGGCUACCUCAUGCCAGGUUAUACCCAUUUGCAAAAGGCCCAGCCAGUCCGGUGGAGCCACUGGAUUUUGUCGCACGCUACGGCGUUUGCCAGCGAGCUGCAGCGCCUGCGUGAAGUCACCAAGCGUGUCAACCGUAGUCCCCUUGGUACCGGUGCUCUUGCAGGCAACCCCUUCAACAUUGACCGUGAGGCAAUGGCCAAGGAGCUGGGCUUUGAGGGCCUGCUGUACAACUCGAUGAACACUGUCGCCGACCGUGACUUCGCCAUGGAGACUAUGCAGUGGGGUAGCUCAUUCAUGCUCAAGAUCUCUCGCUGGGCCGAGGAUCUGAUCAUCUACAGCAGCUUGGAAUUCGGCUUUGUUCGCUUGUCUGAUGCUUACUCCACCGGUUCCUCAUUGAUGCCUCAGAAGAAGAAUGCAGACAGCCUGGAGCUUCUGCGCGGAAAAGCCGGUCGAGCCUUUGGCCAAAUGGCCGGUCUAAUGAUGACGAUCAAGGGUCUUCCCACUACCUACAACAAGGAUUUGCAGGAGAGCAUUGAACCCCUCCUCGAUCACAUCAAGACUGUUAGCGACAGUAUCCAGAUCGCAACUGGAGUGCUGUCGACUCUUACCGUUAUUCCCGAGAAAAUGACGGCUGCCUUGGCGCCGGAAAUGCUCGCUACCGAGAUUGCCGACUAUCUGGUUCGCAAGGGUGUCCCCUUCCGUGAGGGUCACCACAUCUCUGGUCGCGUUGUUGCCCUGGCGGAGAAGACCAGUAUUCCCAUGGAUACACUUUCCCUCGAGCAACUGAAAACAGUUGAUGCCCGCUUCGAUGAAGAUGUGCGCACCUGUCUGGAUUAUGAGCGUGCAGUGGAGUUGAAGGAUGCUGUCGGCGGCACUAGUCGGCGGGCUGUCUUGGAACAGACCUCUGUUCUGAGAAGCCUACUGUGAGUGCGCAGUCAUUUACAAUUUCGGGUCAUAUAUACAAAAAAAGUAGCGAGAUGAUAAUAUCUGGUAUAUACAUAUUCUAAUACAUAAGAUUUUCAAUCAAUUUUUU